CACUGUUUGGUACCGACCCGUUCCCUUGUUCUCGCUUGAAUGUGUUGCAACUCCUUAAAUGUUUUAAGGUUAAGAAACUGCGCUUGAAUUCUCUAUACCCUCUAGUACCGGUCGCACCGUUCCUCUUCGCAUCGCAAGCUUCAUAUAGAAAAGCGAAACGGCAGGAAGGUUUUGGCUUGUUUAUACGAGCACGGACAGUUAAAUAUAUUGUUAGCUUAAGAAUUGAACUUCUAGGGACUAGGUCUGUCGUUAAUAGCGAAAGAAAAGAAAACAUAAAUUGUAAACGCAGCAUCAUGUUUUUAAGGAGACUCUUACCGCGUUUACGGAUGCUGCGAGCUUCAAGGGGAUUCAAUACUCCACAAAAAUUAGCGUUUCGUAAUGCUUAUUUCUAUACCAAUGGACCGACACAGACACGUAACUCGAAUUCUUUCUGGAGAAGUAUGACGGUACUUGCAGCUGGUACAUUUCUUGCAGGAUAUGCUGUGGGAAAACUAAAUGGUCUCAAUCAUCUUGUACAAUUGCAGCGUGACUCUGGUAAUGAGCCAAAUAAUAACGGACAAGACAAAUGGAAGCAGGAAAAAAGCUUUCAAGAUAAUCUGGAUAGUCCACCAAUGGACCAUGUCCGUUCAGAGACUCAAGCGUAUAAUGAACCUUACAUGCAACAUCGCCGAAUCGAAGACGCUGCCGAGAAAGCAGAAGAAAAGACGGGAGAGUUAAAAACGGAUGAGGAGGUUAAAAGUACUCCCGAAUCAUCGAGUACAGAGGAAACGCACCCGCAAGAUAUCCCACAGGACAUUCCUGUGAACACUUCUACAGAAGGUGAGAGCGAGGUAGAGGCUGUGUCAGUGUCUACAACAACACCCGCUGCCAAUUCUGCUGGUCUUGUGGAGGAUAUCGCUGCCGAGCAUGAGGACGAAGAGGCUGCCUUUGACCCAGAAACCGGAGAAAUUAACUGGGACUGCCCUUGUUUGGGAGGAAUGGCUCAUGGCCCGUGUGGUGAGCAAUUCAAAGCUGCCUUUAGUUGUUUCGUCUACUCGACAAGCGAGCCUAAGGGUAUGGAGUGUCUGGAGAAAUUUCAAGCCAUGCAGAACUGUUUCCGUGAACAUCCAGAGAUGUAUAGUGACAUGAUUGCCGAUGAGGAUGCUACGGAAAAGGAUAAACCACACAAAACGGAGACGGCGGAGACGACAUCAAAUAGUAGUGAUGCACACACUACGACUAAAGAACCACCCAAGAAUGUCAGCGACCCUUCCAACGUUUCUCCAUCAAGCACAGCUACGAAGCCAGUUUCUACGUCCUCUAUGGUGUCUUCCGAUGAUACCUCUUCAAAAAUUUAGGCAUGAAUGAGUGUACAGAAUGAACAAGCAUGCGACAAUGCGCCAAUGUUACCCACAACAGGAUUUGUUUAAUGACCGCCACAAUUUCAAUGUACCCAAUGCAACACUGCACCGAAUAACGCUGGAGACAGCUUCCAUAAUUUUACUCUAUUGUUUUCCUGCGAAAUAUGAGACUCACCACGCCUGCCCCCGCAGAACCCCCACAACACAUAGUAAGGGUGAGACACCUCUGCUGAGAAAGUUUUGUGGAUACGAACGAACCUACGCUCUACCAACCACAGAAUCCGUCUGUUGACUAA